AUACCCCUAAAGAUGGGAAGGGCAAACAUUAAGCUGCCUUGACUAUCUACCACUAGGAUCUGCCGAUGUAGUGUUGAAAUUAGAAUUUUGCUUUGACAAAAAACAGACACAACACUCCCUCUUUAUUAUUACGCUCGCUGCUCGUUCCUUCUUCUCCUCUUUUUCUCCCUCUUCUGUUUCAGUAAAGCUUAUUCUACCAUAACCCCUGUGACUCGCUCUCCCCCGUGCUCCGCCGUGGCUGUCUCCACUAUUGCCCAUUCUGUCACUACACGUGUCUCUACUCCGCCGUGCCUCGCGCCGUCUCUGUUUGUUCUUCACUGUGUGUGAGUCCCCUUCAAAGAGCAGAAAGUUCUUCAUCCCUGUGAACCACUAGAGUUUCUGCACCCAUAACCUAAGGAAGCGAAAAUGAAAGAAAUUGUUACUAUUCAAGUUGGUGAUUAUGCCAAUUAUAUUGGCUCUCACUUCUGGAACUUUCAGGAUGAGUUGAUUGGGUUGGCUGGGGACCCUCAAGCUGAUUCAGUCUUCAAAAAUCAGGAUCUUAACAUGGAUGUGCUUUAUCGUACUGGUGAGACACAUCAGGGCAUUGAUACAUACACUCCUCGCCUAGUCUCAAUAAACAUGAGAGGAUCCCUUGGAUCUAUGAGUUCACGUGGUACAUUAUAUAAGGAGGUUGCUCCCACAACAUCAGAUGUUUUCACUUGGACUGGUAGUGUUUCCACCCAAGCCUCUGAACCUCGGGAAAAAAAUUUGUUCCUACGAAGUCUUUAUGAAGAAGAAAGCCAAAAUAUGGUAAAUGAGAUAAGUGGUUCACACAGUGGUUCUCCGAGUGAGUAUGAGGAUAAGGAUAUAACUGAGAGUCUAGAAAAUGGAGUUCAGUUUUGGACAGAUUACUCAAAAGUACAUUUCCACCCCCAAAGUCUAUAUGAAUUAAAUGGAGUUUGGACGGAUGUUGAGGAAUUUGACAAUUAUGGAAUUGGAAGGGAUUCUUUUUCUUGGGCUUCACAUGGGGAAGAAAUUAGUGAUAGACUUCGUUUUUUUGUUGAAGAAUGUGACCAUGUACAGGGAUUUCAAUUUGUAGUUGAUGACUCUGGAGGUUUCUCUUCUGUGGGUGCUGAGUUUCUAGAAAACAUUGUGGAUGAGUAUACAAACACUCCUGUCCUGCUGUAUGCUGCCCGUGGUUCUGGUUCACGAGCAAGUCUUCAGACCAGGAAGCGUACAAUCUUAGUGGAGCUUCAUGAUGCUAUAUCAUUUUCAAGACUAUCAUCCUACUCUAAACUAAUUGUACCUGUUGGUCUGCCCUCCUUAGGUAGAGCUUCCAAGUUCCUCCACAUUGAAGAUGAGAAGCAUUACCACUCAAGUGCCGUUUAUGCUGCUGCACUACACUCCAUUAGUCUUCCAUUCCGAAUGUUACCAGUUGGGCCUACUGCAGAUGCAUGUUCUGUUUCUGGGGCUGUGGAUUUUCAUGGACUUAUUCAAAUGUUAUCAGGGCAAGGAAGGCAGAAUAUGGUGUCAAUUCUGGAUGUUUCCAUGCCAACACCUGCUUUAACUGGGGGACAGAAUGAAGUGUCUUUGUUAGAAAAUUUUCAGCCGUUGACCCCAAUGAUUUCUGAGGACGGUGAAGACAUACAUGCAAUUGAACACUUGACAGUACAUGGAGCUUUUGCAUCAGUAGAAGGUCGUCGCGCUACAGUUUGUGAAGUAAAAGAUUCAUUGGAUGCUGCUUUUGAGCGUGCCAAUACAAGGCCAAUGUUCCACCAUCUAUCUGUUGCUCUUUGUCCUCUGCCUAUUCCCUUGCCUUUUCCAUCAAUCUUUGGAAAUCAAGUUGGCAAGCACGGUGAAAUGAUUAGCAGCCAACUGACUAAUUCUUCAUCAAAAGGAUCCCUUGACGUCCAUUCCAUUCCCAUGGCUGCCAGAUUACGUUCCAGCAGUGCUGUUUUACCACUUUUGGAGAAUAAACUGCAAAAUCUUCACCGGUAUGGAAUUACGCGAGGAGCAGCAGGGGCAGAGUUACUUAGCAGUUGGGGGUUUGGGAAAGAAGAACUGGUGGAAAUGCAGGAGAUGUUGUCUAAAAUGGUUGCUACAUUGUGUCCUCCUCAAUCGUCAUCUGAUUCAGAUUAGAAUGCAUUCGUUUGAUACAUUGUUCUUGGUUCAAAACACAAUCUGUAAGAUUAUGGUUGUGUGUUUGUAACAACUUUGACCCAUGCUGGCUGGCUGUUCAUGCCUUUUGAUCUUGUUAGAGUUUCACGGCUCUUCAUUUGCUGGUUAAAGGACAUAAGCUCAUGCUGGGACUGCAUGUAUUUUUGGAGGGUGUUGACUGUAAUUUCCAAUGUAUUAUAUUAUCAAUUAUCAAUAUCAAUGACAAUGUGCUUGUAUUGUGUUUCCAAGAGAAAAGUCCUUGGAGUUUUGAGUCUUUGACCCUGUUUUGCAGUACAAUAUAGACAUUUAAUUUAAUUGGUUUUAUUAUAAACAAGUUAUACAACAGUUUUCUA